UUACAUUUAGGUAGCAAUAGCAAUAUAAUGCUUAAAAGAGAAGCAUACAAGCGAAGACUUGGAACCACUUGCUUUGUCUCUUUUUAAUAUUCCAAGUUCCAAAGGACAGAUCAAUCACAGCUACUGUAUUAUUUAUACAUGUGCGAAUAAACAUAUUAUAUAUGGACCGAUCUAGUUUAUUACCUAUAUAUGUACAUAUACGUCGACAGUUUUCAUUUUAAAAAAUUGAAAGACAUGGUCACCUUCUUCUCCAUCUUCACCACAUACCCCUUCAUUCUUCCAUUCCUUUGUCUAACUGUAAUUCCGUAUCUAUCAUAUGUCAUUGUUGGACAAUCCCAGCAAGGCCGUAAAGGCGUUACCGGGCCCCCAACUUACCCCAUCAUAGGUUGCUUGAUUCCUUUUUACAAGAACCGUUAUCGUCUACUAGAUUGGUACACUCAUCUUCUCUCUAAGUCGCCAACAAAAACAAUCGUGAUAGACAGAUUAGGAGCACGGAGGACCAUAGUAACAGCUAAUCCACACAACGUAGAGUACAUGCUCAAAACCAACUUUGACAAUUUUCCUAAAGGCAAGCCUUUCAAUGAAAUUCUAGGUGAUUUUCUUGGAAAUGGUAUAUUCAAUGUGGAUGGAGAAAUGUGGUACAAACAGCGAAAAAUGGUUAGCCAUGAGUUCACCGCAAGGUCUUUGAGAGAUUACGUUGUGAAUGCGCUCAAAGAAGAAGUAGAGAACAAGUUGUUGCCUAUGUUGGACUUAAUGGAGGCUGAAAAUAGAGCCUUUGACUUGCAAGACUGGUUAAGAAGACUUGGAUUUGAUGUGGUUUGCAAAGUUUCCUUGGGGUUUGAUCCAUGUUGCCUUAAUGAUUCUCUUCCAUUUUCGCCUCUGCUAGAUGCGUUUGAAAGGGCUUCACAGAUAUGUGCUGGUAGAGGAGCUGCUCCAAUAUUUGCCAUAUGGAAGGUAAAAAGAUGGUUAAAUAUUGGAUCUGAAAGACAGCUGAGACUUGCCAUUGAUCAAAUCCAUUCAUCAGUCGCUAAUAUCAUCCACGAGAGAAAGAUUAAGAUCAGAGGGGAAAACCAGCAAGAGACCAAUAAAGAUCUUCUUUCAAAAUUGAUAUUGGCAUCAAAUUUUGAUGAGGAGGAAGUCAGGGACAUGGUGAUAAGCUUCAUUAUGGCAGGAAGAGACACAACAUCUGCAGCAAUGACUUGGUUGUUUUAUCUACUUAAUCUCCAUCCUGAAGUAGAAAAUGAACUGGUUUCCAAGGAACUGAAGUUUAUAGAAGCUGAAACGCUAACGAAACAUGAGAUAUUGAAAGAGAUGAAAUUCUUGAAAGCUUGCCUCUGUGAGACAAUGAGACUCUAUCCACCAGUUGCAUGGGAUUCAAAACAUGCAAUUUCUGAUGAUAUUUUGCCAGAUGGUACUCAUAUCAAAGCUGGUAAUAGAGUGACCUACUUCCCCUAUGGAAUGGGGAGGAUGGAAAACUUGUGGGGAAAGGACAGGUUAGAGUUUAAACCAGGGAGAUGGAUGCAGGAAUCAGAAGAAGAUCAAGGAGCCGAGCAGGUAUCAAACUUGUACAAGUUUCCUGUCUUCCAAGCAGGUCCAAGAGUUUGCCUUGGGAAAGAAUUGGCCUUUAUUCAAAUGAAGUAUGUUGUAGCUUCAAUAUUGAAGCGUUUCCAAAUCAGACCAGCUUGUUCGGAUCCUCCUGUGUUUUUGCCUCUCCUAACAGCUCAUAUGGCUGGUGGUUUUAAGAUUUUUGUCCAUAAGCCAAAUACAUAUAGAUGACCCCUUUGCAUGGUCUUCACAAGCUCCAACGAGUUCUUGUUCCAACAGCCACCAGCAUUAUCUCCGAGGUCUCAAAAGAAUUGAUUUUUAUUAUUUUAAAACAGAGCUUUCAUUUUCUACCUAGCUAGGCUUUAAUUCCUGCCGAUUGGAUCAAAAACAUUUUUUGAAGGAGGGUAUCCAACUCAGGGAAUGAAAUGUUUAUUGGUUUAACCUCCUAAUUAGUAUGAAGAGAUCAAUUACUUCGAUAGGGCGGCAUUGAGGAUAGGUCUGAACGAUUAAUUCAACUUUGUCUAAGGUUCUACUGGCUAAGACAACUUUCCCAUCCUCAUUUUUUAUUUUAUGCUCCCUGUGAUCUAUUCUUUACACUUGGCUGGAACCAAGAAGCUAGUGAGCAAAAGAAUUAACUAGAGAAGAAAAGAAACGAAGAAAUUGAAAUCCUUCAUUGUCUUUAGGAUGUAGCAAGAGAAAUUUGUUUUAGAAGAUAAAGUGUUUGUGGCAUAUUUCCUACUCUUCCACCCCUUCUUGAAACAUAUGUUAUACGAUUAAUCAAAUAAAUAAUGUGUAUAACAAGGUAUAUUUACAUAAAACCAAAAGGUAUGGACGCAUGCCCUACAAUACCAAAAGAAGGAAGGUACAGUUCUCUAAGCUUUGGUACCAAUUGGAAGGAAAGGAAAAUUAUCGAAUAAGAAGUACAGGUAUACAAUUCUCUAAGGUUUAAGUACCAAUUAGGUGAGAGUUGAAAACCAAAAUGAUUUGCAUUCUAUAAAUUUGUUGCUAUGCUUUAGAAUAUAAUCUUAUAUUCUAGCUUGCAUAAGCUGCAUGCUAUUCUUUCUUUUUACUAUUGCAUUCUUAUCAAGUUGGAAGACACAUGCGUUAUCUUCAAGCUAUACAGCUCUUUUCAAGGUUUACAUUGGUAACCAGUGGCUAUUAAAUUGCAACCAAGCUAGAUGCCAUAAACAAUUACUAUUAUCUUUUUGGUGCAAGUGCGAAUUAGACGCAAUUCUUUAUUGAUUUAUUUAAACUCAUACAACUUGUUUAAUCUUUUUUUUUUUAAAAAAAAAAAAACUAGCGCUGACCUUGUCAAUCUCGAAGCAGAUUCCUGGCGGCUAGGAGCAUAACUAGAUAUUUACUUGAGUACAUACCCAUUAACAGCAAAUAUGUUCUAAAUUAACCAAUAUCAUUUUCCAUGAUAACGUGGGGC